AAGCCUCUCCCCAGGUACGCCGCUCACGCCGUAAGCCCUCCUGUUGGACCUAGCGGAACUCCGGGUUUGGAGUCAACCUCUUAGGGGCGGAGAAAAAAACAGAGGAAAAAAAAAAAAAAAGAAGACUCCUUUCAGCUGAGGGCAGGGCUCUGCGCCCGCGCUGCGCGGCGGUGACGACAUUCGCCCGCGUCCGCAGCUGAGCGUUAUGAGCGCCUGCGCAGUGGCUCCGAGCGGGCGGUUGCUUGUUGGUUGUUGUAGUAACCGGGGAAGCAGCCGUCGGCGGCUGCCCUGAGCCUUGCUGGGGAAGGAGGAGGGAGGUAGGCGCAGAGCGCCGUCCACGCCUGCUCGCCCCGAACCAUGGGAAGAUGAGACAGGAAUCUGUGCCAUCCAAAUUGCUUGAUCCAGUGAAUCUCCUAGGAAAGGUCUCUGAGGCCCCCGUCUGCUGACUGCAUGACAAACCCUAAAGGAAAUGCCAAUCGUGAUGGCCCGGGACCUGGAGGAAACAGCAUCAUCCUCAGAGGAUGAGGAGGUCAUAAGUGAAGAGGAUCAUCCAUGCAUCAUGUGGACUGGAGGCUGCAGGAGAAUUCCAGUUUUGGUAUUCCAUGCCGACGCUAUUCUUACAAAGGACAACAAUAUUAGAGUAAUUGGAGAACGUUAUCAUUUGUCUUAUAAGAUUGUACGAACGGACAGUCGCCUAGUACGCAGCAUUCUGACAGCCCAUGGAUUUCAUGAAGUUCACCCAAGCAGCACUGACUAUAACCUAAUGUGGACAGGAUCCCACCUGAAGCCCUUCUUACUGCGCACCCUCUCUGAAGCACAAAAAGUUAAUCACUUUCCCAGGUCUUAUGAACUUACCCGGAAGGACCGACUGUACAAAAACAUUAUUCGAAUGCAGCAUACACAUGGAUUCAAGGCUUUUCACAUCCUCCCCCAGACCUUCCUCCUGCCAGCUGAGUACGCGGAAUUUUGUAAUUCAUAUUCGAAGGACCGGGGACCUUGGAUAGUAAAACCAGUGGCAUCUUCUAGGGGGCGGGGCGUCUACCUGAUCAACAAUCCAAACCAGAUCUCCCUGGAAGAGAACAUUCUGGUCUCCCGUUACAUUAACAACCCCCUGCUCAUAGAUGAUUUCAAGUUUGACGUGCGCCUCUAUGUGCUCGUGACUUCCUAUGAUCCUCUUGUCAUCUAUCUCUAUGAAGAAGGAUUGGCUAGGUUUGCAACUGUGCGAUAUGAUCAAGGAGCCAAGAACAUUCGGAACCAGUUCAUGCAUCUGACAAACUACAGUGUCAACAAGAAAAGUGGAGAUUACGUCAGUUGUGACGAUCCAGAAGUGGAGGAUUAUGGAAACAAAUGGAGCAUGAGUGCUAUGCUUAGGUACCUGAAACAAGAAGGCAGAGAUACAACUGCAUUGAUGGCCCAUGUAGAAGACCUGAUCAUUAAGACUAUAAUCUCUGCUGAACUAGCUAUUGCUACUGCCUGUAAAACCUUUGUUCCUCAUCGCAGCAGUUGUUUUGAACUCUAUGGCUUUGACGUGCUCAUAGAUUCUACUCUGAAGCCAUGGUUGUUGGAAGUGAAUCUCUCUCCUUCUUUGGCCUGUGAUGCGCCUCUGGACCUAAAGAUUAAAGCCAGUAUGAUUUCAGAUAUGUUCACUGUUGUAGGAUUUGUGUGCCAAGAUCCUGCCCAGCGGGCAUCAACUCGGCCAAUUUAUCCCACCUUUGAGUCUUCCAGGCGAAACCCUUUCCAGAAACCUCAGCGUUGCCGUCCACUCUCUGCCAGUGAUGCGGAAAUGAAAAACCUCGUGGGCUCAGCCCGGGAGAAAGGGCCAGGGAAGUUGGGUGGUUCUGUGCUUGGUCUGUCAAUGGAGGAGAUCAAAGUUUUACGAAGGGUGAAGGAGGAGAAUGAUCGGCGAGGUGGAUUUAUUCGCAUAUUUCCUACAUCUGAGACAUGGGAAAUAUAUGGGUCCUACCUCGAGCAUAAGACCUCAAUGAACUAUAUGCUGGCAACACGCCUCUUCCAGGACAGAAUGACUGCUGAUGGAGCGCCAGAAUUGAAGAUAGAGAGUCUGAAUUCAAAGGCCAAGCUGCAUGCUGCACUUUACGAGAGGAAGCUCCUGUCUCUGGAGGUGCGAAAACGUAGACGACGGAGUAGCAGAUUGAGGGCAAUGAGGCCAAAAUACCCAGUGAUUACCCAACCAGCUGAAAUGAAUGUUAAAACUGAGACAGAGAGUGAAGAGGAGGAAGAAGUCGCAUUAGACAAUGAAGAUGAAGAACAGGAGGCUUCCCAGGAGGAGUCUGCAGGAUUUCUUAGAGAAAAUCAAGCCAAAUAUACACCCUCAUUGACAGCUUUGGUAGAAAAUACACCCAAAGAAAAUUCCAUGAAAGUUCGUGAAUGGAAUAAUAAAGGUGGACACUGCUGCAAACUUGAGACUCAGGAGCUAGAGCCUAAAUUUAACCUGAUGCAGAUUCUUCAAGAUAAUGGCCAUCUUAGCAAAGUGCAGGCCCGAAUAGCAUUCUCUGCCUAUCUCCAGCAUGUUCAAAUUCGCCUGAUGAAAGACAGUGGCGGUCAGACGUUCAGUGCCAGUUGGGCUGCCAAAGAGGAUGAACAGAUGGAGCUGGUUGUUCGUUUCCUCAAGCGAGCAUCAAAUAACCUCCAGCAUUCACUGAGGAUGGUAUUACCCAGCCGACGACUGGCACUUCUGGAACGCAGAAGAAUCCUGGCCCACCAGCUGGGUGACUUUAUCAUUGUAUACAACAAGGAAACAGAACAAAUGGCUGAAAAGAAAUCAAAGAAGAAAGUUGAGGAAGAAGAGGAAGAUGGGGUGAAUAUGGAAAACUUUCAGGAGUUCAUCAGACAAGCAAGUGAGGCUGAACUGGAGGAGGUGUUGACUUUUUAUACCCAAAAGAACAAGUCUGCUAGUGUCUUCCUGGGGACUCACUCUAAAAGUUCUAAGAACAACAACAGUUAUUCUGAUAGUGGGGCAAAAGGUGAUCACCCUGAGACUAUAAUGGAAGAAGUGAAAAUAAAGCCACCUAAACAGCAACAGACGACAGAAAUUGAUUCUGAUAAAUUAUCUCGAUUUACCACUUCAGCAGAAAAAGAGGCAAAAUUAGUUUAUAGCAAUUCCUCCUCUGGUCCUACUGCUACUCUGCAGAAAAUUCCCAACACCGAUUUGUCAUCUGUUACAACCUCUGACCUCUCUCCAGGGCCUUGCCACCAUUCUUCUUUAUCUCAAAUUCCUUCAGCUAUCCCCAGCAUGCCUCACCAGCCAACAAUUUUAGUGAACACAGUCUCUGCCAGUGCUUCUCCCUGCCUACAUCCUGGGGCACAGAACAUCCCAAGCCCUGCUGGCCUGCCACGCUGUCGAUCAGGAAGUCACACCAUUGGUCCCUUUUCUUCCUUCCAAAGUGCUGCACACAUCUAUAGCCAGAAACUGUCUCGUCCCUCUUCAGCAAAGGCAGGAUCGUGCUAUCUAAACAAGCAUCAUUCAGGAAUAGCCAAAACACAAAAAGAGGGAGAAGAUGCUUCUUUAUAUAGCAAACGGUACAACCAAAGUAUGGUUACAGCUGAACUUCAGCGGCUAGCUGAGAAGCAGGCAGCGAGACAGUAUUCUCCAUCCAGCCACAUCAACCUCCUCACCCAACAGGUAACAAACCUGAAUUUGGCAACUGGCAUCAUAAACAGAAGCAUUGCUUCAACUCCCCCAACCUUCCGACCCAUCAUCAGUCCUAGUGGCCCGACAUGGUCUACACAGUCAGACCCCCAAGCUCCCGAGAAUCACUCCAGCUCUCCUGGAAGCAGGAGCCUGCAGACAAGGGGAUUUGCCUGGGAAGGAGAAGUAGAAAACAACAUGUACAGCAAGGCUACAGGGGUGGUCCCCCAGCACAAGUGUCACCCCACAGCAGGCAGCUAUCAGCUUCAUUUUGCCCUGCAGCAACUUGAACAACAAAAACUUCAGUCCCGGCAGCUCCUGGACCAGAGUCGAGCCCGGCACCAGGCAAUCUUUGGCAGCCAGACACUACCUAACUCCAAUUUAUGGACAAUGAAUAAUGGUGCAGGUUGUAGAAUUUCCAGUGCCACAGCUAGUGGCCAGAAGCCAACCACUCUGCCACAAAAAGUGGUACCACCUCCAAGUUCUUGCGCCUCCCUGGUCCCCAAACCCCCACCCAACCACAAACAAGUGCUCAGAAGGGCAACAUCCCAGAAAGCUUCCAAUACCCGCUUCAGAUCCUCCUUUCAAAACUAUUUGUGGUAUUUCUUCCAAGCAGUCAGCUGAACUGAGGACGACAGCCUACAAACAACUACAUGCAUCUGAACUGUCUCUUGUAAAUGAGCUUUUUUCAGAGCCAGAAUCAUACUCUCCAGGAAAUAUGGAGAAAGAAACCUGAGGAGAUUGAAGUUUGCCAGGCACAAGGGCAAAACUCAGACUGAAUGAAUUUGAAAGGGUGGGGCCAAAGAUAUUGUAACCUGGGAGACUUCUCUGAAGAAAGAAAACUGUUUAAGAAACACAGACUGAACUGCAGUACUUUUCCUUAAAUAGCUGAAAUGACCUUUACCCCGGGCUUAGGUGAUUCUCAUCAGGGUGACCUGAGUGGAAGUUGGUGGUAACGACUGUUCUGUGUCAGCACCCAGGACAGUGGUGUCUGUUAAGGCUGCCAGGGAUUAGCAGGGAGGAAAGCCAUCAGGACUGGGUAGCCUGGUAGCACCAAAUCCCAAUUAAUGUUACCUGAACAUGUGGUGAGGUCAGCCGUAUGAUGAAAGAUGUUUAAGAGAUUAAUGUCAGAAGAAUAUGAAAAUAAACACCGGCUUAAAAAAUGUUAUAUCUUUUUAACAUAUGAGUCAUUAAAGUGAGAAGAUUUCAGGGCAAAGUAAUUAGGACUUAAUAAUUGUCCAAAAGUUCUUGAGGUGAGCAUAGAAGAUACCAUAUUGUGUGUUAACCAUGUUCUGCCAGCUUUUUAUUAUGUGCAGUUUCAAGAAACAUAGUUGAAUCUAUAACAUAUUCAUCCUUAAUACAGGAUUCUCUACAUUAUGCAUUUCCAAGGUAGGUAAUUAUAAAAUGUUUGUGGUAGAAGAUAAAGGGAUGGAGGCAUAGUUGUGGGGAUAUGAGUACAACAAGGUACGCAGGUGUUCAGUGGCUGAGCUCAAACUGGAACUCAUAUGACCCGCUGUGCUCACCUCAGACUCUUCCCCGUACAUCACUGAUUUCAAAGGUCCCUGCCAAUCUAUUCAUCUAUAUCUGUCUGUACAGCAAAUGGCAGAUCAAUUAUCCUAAAAUAUUGCUUUUGAAGAAAAUACAAUGUAUGCACUUAGGAACUCACUCCCCUCUUUUUCCAUACCAGUUUUACCACUUAAAUGACCAGGAAAUACUCAAAAUGAAAUACUCAAAAGGAGGAAGAAUUAAUGCCACUCGUAUUAGAGGUGCUGGGGGAAUUUCUUUUAGAUGUAGCACAGGAAGACUGGAUUGAAGAACAACAUGGAGGGCUUUUGUAUAGUGUCUUCUGGGAGAGUGCAUUCUAGGAAAUGAAAGGGAAACCUGGAAUACUGCAGACAAUAAUACCCCCUGACUCUGAGGGGCAGGGCCUGAGGGUAGAAAGGACAUGAGCGCUAGUCAGGAGCUCUGCCACUUAGACUCUCUGUCUUCUAGUAAUCCUCGUCAUUUGGACCUCAGUGGUGGCAUUAGGAGGUCUCUGGGGUUGCUUUUGGCAUGGACAGUGACAUCAGUCAGAGGGAUGGGUGCUACAACCACACCUAAUCAAAAGUUGCUCGAUUGUGUGUGUCUCAUUGGGGAGGAAAGCUACAUGAGAGUCACGCAUGGAAUGAUGGGUCUUUCCUUGCUGAUUCAUAUUGGCAUAAUUUAAAUUAAAAUCUGACUUCUCAUGCCUGCCUCCUGGGAUGUUAAAAUGGUUGUUGAAAUGGUAAUAUAACUGCUGGAUAUUUCCCAUCCCUCACUUCCCUCAUCCUUCACCUGAGUAUGAAAACGCUUUUUUAAAAGAUUUUGGCAGGAAUUUAUGCUAACCUCUGACAGAAUCCAUCCACAUCAGUUUCUCCAUGAAUAUAAGCCCUUGGCAAAUUUAGACCUUCUUUAAGGAUGAGCAAAUACUGGAAUAUCUUGGGGCCUGGCAAUAGGUGGUAUAGCUUAAAAGAAGGCUUCAGUUGGGCACAGUGGCUCAGGCUGGGCACGGUGGCUCAUGCCUGUAAUCCCAGUGCUUUGGGAGGCCGAGGCGGGUGGGUCAUGAGGUCAGGAGUUCGAGACCAGCCUGGCCAACAUGGUAAAAGCCUGUCUCUGCUAGAAAUACAAAAAAUUAGCUGGGCGUGGUGGCGGGUGCCUGUAAUCCCAGCUACUCAGGAGGCCGAGGCUGGAGAAUAGCUUGAACCUGGGAGGCAGAGAUUUGCAGUGAGCUGAGAUCACACCACUGCACUCCAGCCUGGGCAACAGAGAGAGACUGUCUCCAAAAAAAAAAAGAAGGCUUCAUGGAGAAGAUUCAGAGGUUUCUAACCUCUGGAAUGAGUUUAAGCAAGAAAUAAUAACAUUUUAGAAAAUACCUAAUGUGUAUUCUUAACAAAAUGUAAGAGUAGAGAGCAUCUGUGUGGAGAACUAGACAAAGCUAUCAUAUAGAAGGAGCAAGGGGCCUGCAGUCAGGGAGGAUUGCACAGAGAUGAGAACUACCUAAAUGAAAAAUUGGGCUGAACACAGUGAAUAGAAAUUGGCCACUGCAGAAAAUUGAAUUCACAAACUAAAAGACAAAUGCCAAAAAUUUGAGGAGGAAGUAUACAAAGAUAAAACUGAUGACAGAAAAGACAGAUUCAACCUAAAAUAACAAAUUCCAGAAAGAGAAUAGAAAUAAUAGUCAGUAGUAUAGGCAAAAAAGACCCAAGAUAAGGACAUAAAGGGAUUAGUUAAUAAGAUUAAAUCAAUAGAUACAUAACUUUGUGCCCUACAGAGAUCUUGUGGAAUAGUUUUCUAAACUGGAACGUUUCAAUUAAGUCCUCAAAAAGUAGAAAUUAUACAUGCCUCAUUCUCAGACCACUUUACAAUAAAAUGAGAUAUUAAAUAUAAAGGCUGGGUGCGGUGCCUCACACCUGUAAUCCCAGCACUUUGGAAGGCCAAGGCAGGUGGGGAUCACUGGAGGUCAGGAGUUCUAGACCAACCGGGCCAACAUGGCAAAACCCCGUCUCUACCAAAAUAUACAAAAAUUAGCCAGGCGUGGUGGCAUGGCUCCUGUGGUCCCAGCUACUCAGGAGGCUGAGGCACGAGAAUCGCUUGAGCCUGGGAUGUGGAGGUUGCAGUGAGCCAAGAUUGCGCCACUGCACUCCAGCCUGGGCAACAGAGCGAGACUCUUUAAAAAAAAAAAAAAAAAGGAAGGAAGGAAGGGAAGAAGCGAGGGAGGAAGGGAGGAAGGAAGUCAGGCAAAGAUGUACUCAAAGGUAAUCUGUCAAAGAAGGAAGGAAGGGAAGGAGGGAGGGAGUCAAAGAUGUACUCAAAGGUAAGUUCAUAAUCUUCAUCAUUUUCAUUACUAAAAUACUGAAAGAUGAAAAAGAAAUUAACCAAGAUACAAAUGGUAAAUUGGCUUCAAUAGAUAAACUGGCUUCAGGUGAUUGCCCAGUGUUGUUUUGGAAAGACCCAUGAGGACUUCCCUGAGCUCAGCAAAAAAGAGUGCUUUGAUAGGUUAGUAGCAUCCGCCACACAUAGGGAAGAUGCUGAGAGUCGUGAAUAGGCCACAUAUUUGUCAUAACUGAAGUAAGCUUUUAUCACAUGAAGUUAGAAAAGGAACCAUAAAACAAAGCUGAGAAAAACAGAUUUAAGGAAAUUAAGAAGAAAAGUAAUAUAAAGUGAAAAGCAAGCAAUAAAAUUAGUUGAGUUCAAAACCUUAUUUAGUUUGGGUCAGGGGAACCCAGAAGAAGGAAAUAAACAUACUUCUGCCAGAAGAAUAAGAGAAGUAAAUGUAAGAAAAAUACUUUAAAAGUAGAUAUAGAAGAGACUGAAAAAUUAGGAGAACACUGCACACUAUGUACAAUUUUAAAAACUAGAUGGAAGAUAAUAUUUUGAAAAAUAUCAAGUAUAAAUUGGUUCUUCUUGAAGAAAAAGAAGAUUUAACUAGAACAUAGAACAAGUGGAAAUUUUCAAACUGCCUAAAUUGGUUCUUCUUAAACACAUGAGUAGGCCCAGGAACAAUUUUUAAAAAUCGUCUCCAAAAAAGUUCUUCAAACUAUUUUUCUGAAAUCUUUUUUUUUGUUUUUGUUUUUGUUUUUGUUUUUUUGAGAUGGAGUCUCGCCGUGUCACCCAGGCUGGAGUGCAGUGGCGCGAUCUUGGCUCACUGCAGCCUCUGUCUCCCAGGUUCAAGCGAUACUCCUGCCUCAGCCUCCAGAGUAGCUGGGACUACAGGCAUGCACCACCAAGCCCAGCUAAUUUUUUGUAUUUUUAGUAGAGACGGGGUUUCACCGUGUUGGCCAGGAUGGUCUUGAUCUCCUGACCUCAUGAUCUGCCCACCUUGGCCUCCCAAAGUGCUGGGAUUACAGGCGUGAGCCGCUGCACCUGGCCCAUUUUUCUGAAAUCUUUGGAGGCUUCCAGGUGCCCACAAGAUAAAGUUGAGUCCUGACUCUGACAUUCAAGCCUUCUGCAAUAUGACCUCUCUCCUGUCUCCUGCCUUCUGCAUACUCUAUCACUGCUUUGCACACAGGCUGUUCCACACACAUGCUUCCCAUUCUUUGUUCCUACAUAUCCAUGUCAUCUCUGCAGAGUGCCCUUAGGCCUCUUGAACCUAAGUCCUGCCUUUAAUUCAAGAUUGGGUUUUAGUGUCUCACCUUGGUGGAUCCUUCCCAGCUGCCCCUUCCUCACCUCCUCAUCUGACUCUGCCAUCUACCUCCUUGUUUUAUUUUUCCUUUUUUCAUAUGUUCUGCUUUCUAUAGCUCUCUCAAAGACAGAUACCCUGUCUUCACCCUUUCAUCACAUAUAUAUUGAAUGUCUGUUUUUUUCAACAUUGCCCUAGACACCAGUGAUAACACCAGUGGACAAGACAGAUCAGAUCUCUGCUUGCAUGGUUUGUUUUUGAGAGAAGGGAUAAACUCAUUCCCAGUGCCUGAGAUAGCUUAUAUUCGUAAGUUCUCAGCAAAUGGCAGUGGUGAUGGUGGAGAUGGAAGUGGUGGAGAUAGUGAUGGCAGUGGUGGUGGUGACAUGGUAUUGUGUCAAGUCAUAUGCAUCAAAGAUCAGUAAAUAACAAUGAUCUCAUUAUUUAUGCCUUGUAGAGUAGCGUAUGGGAGACAGUAGAGUACAGUUGUUAAUAGCUUGGAAUUUGAAAUGGGAUUCGGAUCCUGGUUCCUUGGCUUAACUGACUUUUCUAGAGAUAGCACUAAGCUUCUGUUUCAUUAUCUAUAAAAUAUCACUUGUGUCUUGGAGUUGUUCAUAGGGUUAAAUGAGAUAAUGUGUUUCCCUGACAUAUAUUGCAUCCAAUGUCUGCUGGUCAGCGUAGUUGUAUUCUGCAGCUGCUGUUGUUUCCUACUAAAAUAAAUCACAUUUGUUUUGUUGGUAGGUUGUUAUUUAUAAGUGUGAUUUGGUUCCGCUGGUGAGCCUGUGGAAAUUUAAAUAUAUUCUGAUUUCCUCAACACUAAUAACUCUAAAGGCAAUUGAAGACAAAAGCUCAGUUUCAAACAAAAGAAAAAAUUAGAUUUGGAGUUACUGACUUCCAGGCCAGUUGGCUCCCAAAGUUCACACUUUCACAUCCAUUUCCCCCCUGUGCUGCAAAUACAUAGCUAUGAUGGAUGAACAUUUAAAGAAGAAAACCUACGGGACUUAGCUGUGCUUCAAAACAAGGCACAUAUCUCCUUGGCCCCAAGAUGUACCAAAAUAAACGAGAAUCAAUGAAUGAAGCUGAAGCUACAGGCUUUCUGAAGCAGGCAGUGGCAAGUUCCUGUGUCAUAUUGGGAGCUGAAAGUGCCCUACAAGAGGAGAACCUAAAGCCAGGCUCAUUACUUGAAGAUAAUUGAUUUUCAACCUGGGACAGUUUCCCCCCCAGGAGACAUUUGGCAAUAUCUGGAGACAUUUAUACUUGUCAUAACUGGGGGAGUGCGACUGGCAUCUAGUGGGUAGACUCUACGGAUCCUGCUGAGCAUCCUGCAAAGCAUAGAACAGUCCCACACUACAAAGAAUUAUCCAGCCCAACAUGUCAGUAGUGGCAAGGUUGAAAACCCUGCACUGAAGGAUGCAGUGUGCCCUCCUAAUGGGAGAGUAGUAAAACUGGCAUGAACCGACUGAGUCUAUAUCUUUAUAUGAGACUAUGGGCCUUACAGAGUCAGGAAGGCAAUGACAUACCCUUCCAACUGUUCCUGUCUCAAAACUGCCUUUGGUUUCUAAAUAUCACUGAGGCAAGUGCCCCAAAAUGCCACCAUAAUGCCUGGUUUGGGGCUGGUGUCAGGGGUCUGGGUGAAGGCAACUAUAUAAUCUUCAGACACGGAGGAAUGAGCAAGCACAGAGACAAGGGCGGGGAAUGAUUCCCAUUCAAAAUAAGCCCGCAAACCAAAAUUCCAAAACACAUGAAAAAAUCUAAUUCUAAGAAAGAUUGCCAGGAAAAUCAAGAACUGGAACAUGAAUUCUUUACAGAUAAAUUAAUACUUUAAAAUAGUCAGACAUGUUAGAUCAUGUGUCUAAUAGGAGUAUCUCGUGGAACAUGAUAUGUGACUCUGAUAGGAGUAUCACAAAAAAGACCUAAAGGAUAAUUGGACAAGCAACGCUUUUAGAAAAUAACAGAAUUUUCCAGAAUUGAAGAAGACAUGAGUCCUCAGCUAAAAAAUUCAUUCAUGUACCAAAAUAAAUGUACCUCUAGACACAUCAUAGUAGCAAGAAACCAGAACAUUAAGCGUAAAGAGAAGUCUAAAUAUUACCAGAGAGAAAAUCUGCAUAAAUGACAAAGGAACACAGAGUACCAGCAUUCUUCUCCUCAGCAAUAAUGAGUGCUAGAAAACAGUAGCCAGUUACUUCGAAGUGUUGAUAAUAAACUUUCAGUCUAGAAUUUUAUACAUAGCUAAACUGGCAUUCAAGAGUGAAGGCGGCUGGGCACAGUGGCUCAUGCCUGUAAUCCCAGCACUUUGGGAGGCCGAGGUGGGCGGAUCACGAGGUCAGGAGAUCGAGACUAUCCUGGCUAACACGUUGAAACCCCAUCUCUACUAAAAAUACAAAAAAUCAGCUGGGCGGGGUGGCGCACGCCUGUAAUCCCAGCCACUCAGGAUGCUGAGGCAGGAGAAUUGCUUGAACCUGGGAGGCAUAGGUUACAGUGAGCCAAGAUCGUGCCACUGCACUCCAGCGUGGGCAACAGAGCGAGACUCCAUCUCAAAAAAAAAAGAGUGAAGGCAAAAUAAAAAUAAUUUGAGACAUUCAAAGUCUAAGAGUAUACCUGAAAUUCAAACUAGGAAAUAGUAAAGACUGUAUAGAGAUAGAAGUGAAUCCAGAAGUAUUAGGCAACAAGAAACAAUGAAAUACAACAAAUCCGUAAAAUGUCAAUAAAUGUUAAUGACUAUAAAAUAAUUAUUGGUCUUUAAGAAGAUGAAAACCAUUUAGAGAUAACAAAGAUAAGAUACAGGGACCUAGAGUAUUUAAUUGAUAAGGGUCCGUGUUGACUUUGAGGUCAGGACAGAAAUACUGAAUGACUUUACACUUAGGAAAAAAUAGCUAAUUAAGAUGCAGGCUGUAGUUUUCAAACCAAUAGAGCAGGGAAAGGGAAAUGUAGAUACUUUAUUAAUUCAGUGGAAGAUAGGAAAGUUAGAAGCAAAGGAGGCUGGGCACAGUGGCUCAUGCCUGUAAUCCUACCACUUUGGGAGGCCGAGACAGGUGGAUCACCUGAGGUUAGGGGUUCGAAACCAGCCUGGCCAACAUGGUGAAUCCCCAUCUCUACUAAAAAUACAAAAAUUAGCCGGGUGUUAUGGCGCAUGCCUGUAAUCCCAGCUACUCGGGAGGCUGAGGCAGGAGAAUCUCUUGAACCCAGGAGGCUGAGGUUGCAGUGAGCCGAGAUCACACGCCACUGCACUUCAGCCUGGGCGACAGAGCAAGACUCUGUCUCAAAAAAAAAAAAAAAAAAAAAAAAAAAGCAAAAGAA